UCCCGGCAGUGUCAUUCUGCAUUGAUUAAAUAGUGGCCGCCUCCUCUACCUAACGAUUUUCUAUUCGCGAUCUGCAGCCGCUGUGUUGCCGGACCGCAACCCUCGGUAUGUGGCGUGGUUUUGACGCCAGCGUGAGGUGCAGCGGCUGUCGGACCGGCGAACUCUGCCGGCAGGUUUGCGCUGUUCUGCUGACCCAGGUCGUGCCCUGUCCCCACCUGAGAUCGGGCCAGUCCAGCUGCUCCGUCUGGCGGUCACAUGUCGCCAAGAAGAUCGUCCAGGCGCGCUGGCUGCCGCUGGUGGCCCGCUACAACGUCAGCCUGCCGGUCACGUGUCCGCUGCACCCGUCGCGUCAGCUGGUGCUGCUCGACUACCACUACUGGGCCGAACACCCGGCCAAGCUGACACUCCAGGUCAGUCAGCAGUCCUGGGGAACCGCCAGGGCCGACCACCCGGCCGAGCUGACACUCCAGGUCAGUCAGCAGUCCUGGGGAACCGCCAGGGCCGACCACCCGGCCGAGCUGACACUCCAGGUCAGUCAGCAGUCCUGGGGAACCGCCAGGGCCGACCACCCGGCCGAGCUGACACUCCAGGUCAGUCAGCAGUCCUGGGGAACCGCCAGGGCCGACCACCCGGCCGAGCUGACACUCCAGGACGAGACCCUGGUGUGUCCUGCCGACUUCUGCGGCAUCUUACGCUGCAGCGUAUACUCGCACGUGCUAACUUCGGGUCGCAGCGACCUGGAGACGACCGACUUGCAACCGCAAAAUGAGAGCUCGCUUGCGGAUCAGGCGUGUGACCCGGUCAAAAUGGAGCGACUGAGGAUCAUGUGUGAGGACCUCGUGGACGACUGCAUUUCGCCUCUCAUCUUAGAUCUUUCACCGGAAGAAUUUCGUACCAUGCAGGCGGAGCUCAGCCACGUCACGUGCUGGUACCUGGCCUGCGACCGCUACUGGGACCGCUCGCCGGCGCCGGCGCGCGUGCUGCCCUGGGCCCGGAUCGCCGCCGCGCUCACGCUCCCCACGCUGCUGCUCUCCUAUGUCUACUACCUGCUCUGCGUGCUGCGCUUGGAGCGGCGCCGAGAGCCGGGAAAGGACUUCAUCCAGGUGACGUGUCCGCACGAGCUGAAGCGACGCCUCCUGGAGCGGACUGUCAGCCGGGAGCCGGCCCGGCCGCGGCGCCCCAACGACCUGUUCGCCAUCUACGACGGCGACUACGAGCUGGCCCCGCCCAAUCACGUGGACUACUGAGACACGGGCCGGCCUGACCAAGACACGUGGGCUACUGAGACACGGGCCGGCCUGGCCAAGACACGUGGACUACUGAGGCACGGGCUGGCCUGGCCAAGACACGUGGACUACUGAGACACGGGCCGGCCUGGCCAAGACACGUGGGCUAUUGAGACACGGGCCGGCCCGGCCGAGACACGUGGACUACUGAGACACGUGGACUACUGAGAUACGGGCCGGCCUGGCCCAGAGACGUGGACUACUGAGACGCGGGCCGGCCUGGCCAAGACACGUGGGCUGCCGGGACACGGACCGGCCCGGCCCAGACACGUGAACCACUGAGGCGCGGGCUGGCUUGUUCGACCACUGGCACCACUGAGACAAGUGCUAUCCUCGCUCAACGAAAUGGAAACUAUUCCGAUGUGGCAUUUC